AUGUGUAGCUAUGAAGCAAAUCAUAAUGCAGCAGAUCUUUUACAGGAAGAGGAAAAUGCAAAAACGAAGACUGAGACUAAACAGAAGAGGCGGAGGGAGAGAAAGCGGCAAGAGAGAGGAAGGAAAGAGCGGCACGAGAAGCCGGAAGACGACGACGGAGAGGCUCCCGCCAGCGCUGGACCCCAGGAACCACGUCCUGACACGUUUGCUCGACGCAGCAUAAAGAUUGCAAUACAAGGUAAUCGCUUGGUCAGAACACAGAGUUAUGCAGAAGCCAUUGACAAGUUUACCGAAGCAAUUAGCUUAUGUCCGCGAGAUCAUCGAUUUUAUGGAAAUCGGUCAUUUUGUUUGGAACAUCUUGGAUUGUACACUGAUGCCUUGUUCGAUGCGGAGAUCGCUAUAUAUCUAAACCCAACAUGGCCCCGGGGAUACUUCAGACAAGCGCGGGCUUGCAUUGGACUGAAGCGUUACAGAGAGGCAGAAAGUGCGUUAUGUCAGCUGAUUUCUUUAAAUGUGUCUUCUGAAGAAGCAAAACAAGAGCUUAGGAAAGUGCGAACACUUCUCCUUGUGGAGAUGGGCUUUCCACAGCAGCAGUCGGAGGCUGCAAUCUUGGAGUACGACACGGUGUACGCCGCUUCAGAAGCACUGCUUCGAAACACAGGUUCCUUGUCAACAUCCGGUGUGGGCAACGUGGGGAUACAGAAUGAUAAACCACCAAGUCCUCAGCCUACUGUAGAUGUCGCCGCACAGAGGAGCCAAGACUCACGUGGUGCUUUGGGCAAUUCUCCAGUGCCUCCACCACCUUCAUUUGGACAGAUCCACAGCAUCCGAAUACUGGUGGACAGGAAGUGUGCGUUUGUCAACUACACGGACAAGGAGGCCGCUGAGAGAGCUCUCUGGUCCCUGCAGGGACGCAGAGUAGCAGACACCAAUCUGCUCAUCGACUUCCAGAGUGUCUCCGCAAAGACCAUCGCAGCCGCCUUUCAGCAGCCUUCAGCAGUUCCGCCAGAACACGAUGAGUUUACCGGUCUGUCUCCUUGAAUGGACUUCAAACCCACCCUGGUCACAGGGCCACUGUGUUGUUCCACAAUAUAGUUUUUGCAUUUAAUAAACCGGCAUUAUGAAGCGUUCUGACUUCGUGUUUGGAGCUGUUAAUGACGUGAAGGUGGCAAACGUUUUUCAUGUCGGCACCGGCCUUUGAAAGACGUGUAGCAAUUUGACCACUUGCUGUAAAACCACCCACGUGGAUAAGAC